GGCUUCGGCCUUGCUCCGAGCCCUGGACUCGGGUAAUGGCGGCCGGUGAUUACUUGAGUCUGAUUCACCGCCUCCCGUCUCUCGGCUUCGAGGCGCCGCUCACCGAGGAGGAAAAAACUUUCACUGAAACCGUCCGGAUCCGGGCAUGGGGCCUGACCGUCUGCGGCUGUGCACACGCCGCCUUCUACUGCCGGCUCCUGACAGCCACCAGAUGCAAGAUUCUGGAUAAAGCCUUCUUUUGCCACUCCUGGCUGGCUAAAUACGAGAUCCUUAAAUCCAUUGGAGGCUCCCUGAAAAUCGGGGUGCUGGGGUGUGGCCACUUCGGGAAGCAGCUGGUGUUAUCCUUACUUCAACUGACGGAUCUGAAUGCAGCGUGCAUCACUGUCUCUACCAGGAGACCAGAAAAGCUCAAUGACCUGACAGACUUGGGAAUCAAGUGUAUUUAUGACAACAAACGACUAGCCACUUCAGUGGAUGUGAUGUUUCUCUGCUGUCUGCCGUCACACUUACCCGCUGUUUCUUCCCAGAUCCGGGGCUGCAUCUCCAAGUCCUGUAUUGUGUAUAGCUUCGUAACCGCAGUGCCCGUGGCCAGGCUCAAGAACCUCCUGGCGCACAGCACUAUAGUGAGGCCGCAUUAUUUCAUCCACAGAAGUGGUACCUGGUCUAAGCUGUGGGGCACCGGCAAAAGCCCUGUUGAAGCCUUACAGACUCAGGAAGUAAUUGAAGUGACAUCGCCAUUUAAGGAGGAUAGUUCUGAAUUUACCCCUGAUCCUCACAGUUUGUCAUGUGUGGACCUCAAGUGGUUUGAAGAAGUUUUGUAUUCUGUUCUGAACUUCUGCUACUUACUAAAAGUGCCACAUAACUUCUCACUGGACAUGCUUAAUGACCUAUUAUUCAGCCCUUCACAUGGUGUGGAAGCAUUGGACAGCCCAACUUUAUUUGUUUGUGAAAGCUUCGUCAAUGCAUCCUGCGUACAAUCACUGACGCAUAGCAGCCCAUUCCCCUGGUUCGACCUGUCUUCGGUGUCCAUGAGAGACACACCCCUCACAAGGUUCUUCGUAUUACAUCCACGCCUGAAGCAUCACCUCAGCUUCACAUACCGUAUGUCUAUGUUAAAGAAGUCCCCAUCUGAUCUUGAUGACUGCUGCAGACACUGAAUUGCUCUAAGGCGAGAUGGGCAACAGCUGAGUGAUUGAUCCAGAGGUCCUCAGUGCCACUCUGAUGCUACAUGUUCACACCAUCGAGAGGAAUUUAUGGACCAGAAAGACAAUUAUUGAAAUUAACUAAAUGAUCAGUCUCAAUGUACAAAAAUCCCAUUCUAUACAUCUGUACCCCUCACUUACUUUGCUGAUCAGUAAUCUGUCCAGCUCCCUAUUGAAUUGGCUACCAUUACCUCCCUUCCCUGCUUCCUGGAAUAUUCUGUUCCUCAUCUAUUCAGAUUGAGUUCACACCCCUUGGCUGCAGAAUCUAUGGCUAUUUAUUAAAGUUGGCGACUCUUUUCAUUCAGAUGAUGGCGAUUAGUGAUAGGAUUCAGGUUAGAAUAUUCUCUUUGAUAUUGGACGUUGCGGGGAGCACACUUUGCACUGUGUUAACAAAUGUGAGUUUGCCCAGGUCAGUUGCUGAUCAUUGGCUAAUGAAAUCAGGGCAAAACUGGAGAUGAUUCAUUUCAGAUUUUUUUUCAAGUGAGCUCUGUCCAUUCUUUACCCAACCCCUACAUGCAAAGGGUGGGAGGGCCUAGGACCCCUCCUAUCUACCCCACCUGUACUCCAGGGAAGUGGCACUAAAGGCCUCAGGGGAUGGGCAGUGGGGCGGGUGUCUGCCAUGGAAGGAAGGGGCAUUCAAACAGCCUCUUCUCCAUUCUGUUAUAGAGUCAUAGAGGUCUACAGUACAGAAAAAGGCCCUUCGGCCCAUCGACUCUGCACCGGUCAACCAAGUACUUAACUAUUCUAAUUCCAUUUUC